AUGUCGGAGAAAGUGUGGACCGCGACAACAAUACUUAGACUUCCCGAAGAAGUGGACGAAUCUCUCGUAAAUAAGCGUCAGGGUGAGGAAAUAGCAGGGAAGAAAUGCUCCGCGAGCAUGUUAGAGUCUUCCAGUAACCUUGACAUCAGUGGGGGAACAUUUGUCGCUUCUGCAGGAGACUACGUCCAUCACGAGCAUAAGAAUACGUUCAUCGUUAUGCCGCCGCAAGCUAUCGAGCCGUGCAAUUCCUCAGAGUCGUAUAUCAAAAGCCUGGAAAAAAGACUCAUGGAUGCUGAAGCCUUUCUUUCUCUUAUCGCGGAAUCUAAUGCGCUAGGUAUGUCAAAUACACUAAAGCCAGAGGCACUGUCGUCAUCAUUGAACUCUCGACAAGGAAAAUCGGCCCCAGACUAUGGAGUCGCAUAUAUUCAAAAAUCCAUUACUCAAAGUGAACUAGAGCAAAACUCAACAGUUAAAGAAUCCCAUCCUUUUGACACCUUUUCGCCGAAGCAAUUUCUUGACGGAUUGAAGACAGCAUGGGAGUCAUAUGUCCACCCUGAAGGCGAUAUACAUUACUCGACCAAUCCCUUGCACCCGUCACACUGGGUAAAUCGAGAUCAAGAUGACACCAUUUGCACCUUCCCUAUUCUCACCUGCGCUCAAGAUGGGUUCAGCUCAUUUGAAGAAUCAUUUGGUAAUUUAUCCAUGGAUGAGAAUUUGUCCCCACCGUCAUUUGGUAACAGCGACGAGGAGAAUUGGAAGGCAUGGCGAGAUUCCUGGAGUGCGUGGCACGCGUACUGGACAGCCGUCUAUGCGUCGUGGACGUCGUGGACAUCAUGGAUACAAUGGACCUGGACACCACCCACAUUCAUUGCUUGGAAGCCGUUUUGGUAA